UACGACGACAACUGGUCCAGUACAUAAAAUUUUCGUGUCCUAGAGCUCUGGGGUUCACUUAUUAUGUUUUGGGUGGUACAUAUACAAGUCCAUGAUAUAAGUCAAUAUAGAUAAUGUGAAAUAAAGAAAAAUUAAGACAAUAUUUAAGAAGAACGAUACACCACCCAAAGCUUAAGUUGUUUAGUGUAGUAAGAUCGACCGUUGUUGUGACCAAGAUAUAACAAAAAGAGAGUAAAAACUCCGUCUAGACGAUAAUGCCCACGUGUCUGCUCCUCACCGUCUGGUUCCUCAUUUGUAUCCUUGAUUCGGUUCACCUGGUUCGAGCUCAAAACCAAAUGGGAGCCACUACUCAUCCCGAUGAAGCGGAAACUUUGAACUCCAUCUUCGCGACUUGGAAGAUCCCGGCGCAGAAGGCAUGGAACACGAGCGGCGACCUUUGCUCCGGCGUUGCCAUAGACGACAGGAUCAAGAUCGACGACAAAGACUACAACCCUCUUAUCAAAUGCAACUGCAAUUUUGUCAACUCCACAAUCUGCCGCAUCACUGCUCUAAAAGUUUAUGCGAUAGAUGUUGUAGGACCUAUACCUCCACAGCUUUGGAGUUUGACAUACCUCACCAAUCUAAAUCUGGGCAAAAAUUAUCUUACAGGCUCCCUUUCUCCUGCAAUUGGAAAUUUGACUCGAAUGGAAUGGAUGAGCUUUGGGAUCAAUGCGUUGUAUGGCCCCCUUCCCAAGGAAAUUGGUUUGCUUACAAACUUGAAAUCGCUUGCUAUUGGUGUUAAUAACUUUUCCGGUUCUAUACCAGCUGAGAUUGGGAAUUGUACAAAACUAAUAAAAAUUUACAUAGGAAAUACUGGACUUGCAGGGGAAAUACCAUUAUCAUUUGCUAAUCUUGUAUUGCUGGAAGACGUUUUGCUUAACGAUGUGGACCUUACUGGUCAGGUACCGGAAUUUAUAGGCAAAUGGACCAAACUUACUAUCUUGAGAAUUCAAGGAACUAGUUUGAGUGGUCCGAUACCGUCGUCAUUUUCCAACUUAACUUCUUUGAGAGAACUGAGUCUUGGUGAUAUACCUAAUGGAAGUAUAUCUCUUGAAUUCAUCAAAGACAUGAAAUCUCUAAGUAAAUUAGUAUUUAGGAACAGCAAUCUCACUGGGACAAUACCCUCUAAUAUCGAGGAAUACUCAAGUCUUCAACACGUUGAUUUAAGUUUCAACAAACUACAUGGACCAAUUCCGGCUUCACUUUUCUACUUAAAUAAACUCACCAACUUGUUUCUUGGAAACAACACGUUGAAUGGUUCUUUGCCCAUUCAAAAGAGCCAGGCUUUGAGCAAUAUAGAUGUUUCGUACAAUGAUUUAUCUGGUAGUCUUCCUUCAUGGGUCAGCUUACCAAACUUGAAAAUAAAUCUUGUUGCUAACAAUUUCAGCUUGGAAGGCCUUGACAAGAGAGCUUUACAAGGACUGAAGUGCCUGCAGAAGAACUUCCCCUGCAAUCGAGGCAAAGGAAUCUAUUCUGACUUUUUGAUCAACUGCGGAGGGCCACAAAUACGGUCAGUUACCGGAGAAAUAUUUGAAAGGGAGGACGAGGAUCUUGGAUUAGCUUCAUCUUUUGUGAGUGAUAGUCAGAGAUGGGCAGUCAGUAGCGUAGGACUUUAUGCCAGGAGUAUCAAUUAUAUAUGGGUUGUCAACAGUUUGGACUCAGAGCUUUUUCAGUCAGCAAGACAUUCUUCGUCUUCCCUAAGGUAUUAUGGGUUGGGACUAGAAAAUGGAGGCUACACCGUAACACUUCGGUUUGCUGAAAUAGAUAUUCUUGGUUCUAACUCCUGGAGAGGUUUGGGAACACGAUAUUUCAACAUUUAUGUCCAGGGACGCCUUGUUGAAAAAGAUUUUGCUAUACGUAGAACAGCUGGUGACAGUACUGUUCGAGCAGUUCAAAGAAUAUAUAAAGCAAAUGUAUCAGAAAAUUAUCUUGAAAUUCAUCUUUUCUGGGCUGGCAAAGGAACAAUUAGUAUUCCUAUUCUAGGUACUUAUGGGCCACUAAUAUCGGCCAUAACUGCAAAACCAGAUUUUAAACCAACUGUGGCCAACAGGCCACUAUCAAAGAAAAAGUAUAGGACGGGUACUAUUGUAGGUGUUAUUGUCGGGCUAGGACUUUUAAGCAUCUUUACGGGCGUGGUUAUCUUCAUCAUCCGAAAAAGCAGAAAGCGUUACACAGAUGAUGAAGAGCUGCUUAAUAUGGACGUAAAGCCUUACACUUUUGCAUACUCUGAACUUAAAAAUGCCACUAGAGAUUUUAAUCCCUCCAACAAGCUUGGAGAGGGAGGAUUUGGGACUGUUUAUAAGGGGAACCUGAAUGAUGGAAGAGAGAUCGCUGUGAAAGUAUUGUCGGUUGGAUCCAAACAUGGGAAGAGACAAUUUGUUGCAGAAAUCGUAGCAAUUUCUGCAGUUAUGCAUCGUAACCUAGUAAAACUUUAUGGUUGCUGCUAUGAAGGAGAUAAUCGUUUGCUGGUUUAUGAGUAUCUCCAAAAUGGAAGUCUCGAUCAUGCAUUAUUUGGUGAUAAGAAUUUACAGCUUAAUUGGCCGACCCGUUUUGAAAUCUGUAUGGGAGUAGCCAGAGGUCUAGCUUACCUCCAUGAGGAGGCGAGUAUUCGCAUAAUACACAGAGAUGUGAAGGCCAGCAACAUUUUGCUUGACUCUAACCUGCUUCCAAAAGUCUCUGAUUUUGGGCUUGCAAAGCUAUACGAUGAAAAGGAAACUCACAUGAGUACGCGAGUGGCAGGAACCAUUGGAUAUCUUGCGCCAGAGUAUGCCAUGCGUGGAUACCUAACAGAGAAAACAGAUGUAUAUGCCUUUGGUAUUGUGGUUCUUGAGCUGGUGAGUGGAAGGAAAAACUUUGAUGUGAACUUGGAAAAUGAGAAAAAAUAUCUUCUUGAUUGGGCAUGGAAUCUACACGAAAACAGCCGUGAAGUUGAACUACUUGAUCAUGAGCUGACUGAAUUCAACAUGGAAGAAGCUAAACGCAUGAUAGGCAUUUCUCUGCUAUGCACACACUCAUCUCAUUUCUUGAGACCACCCAUGUCAAGAGUGGUGGCUAUGCUUUCAGGAGAUGUUGAGGUCAGUGAUAUAACCUCUAAGCCAGGUUACCUAACGGACUGGAGAUCUGAUGACACCUCAAGCUCCUCUUUCAGUGCCUUUCAAACAAAAGACAAAGGCUCUUCUGCGUCCAACUCCACGAGUUUUGUGAGGCCCAGAGACGGCAACUUGAAGCAGCUUGGAGUCAAGAUCAAUGAGGGAAGAUGACAAUGUACCCAAUAUCUAUGAUAUAGGUUACACAUUUAUAUAGACCUUUGUGUAUGUGACUAUACGAGGAUCACUAAUAAUGUUUCACUUUGAUUCAAUAAUGUUUUAAGCAAUUUUAUUAAUUAAUGUUAAAGCACUUUGCAAUGAGGAAAA